AUGUCAAACCCGCUUCCACGCGAUCUUUGGACUGAAAUCCUGGUAAGCCUACCCGUGAAAUCUCUUUUACGAUUCCAAUGUGUUUGUAAAUCAUGGAAAUCCUUGAUCUCUACUCCUACAUUUAUUUCCAUGCACACCCAACACAGUGAGAGCGUCCACAAUUACACCCACCUUUUACAUUAUAAUAGUUACAGAAACAGCAAGACGCCAUACCAAUUACUCCAUACCGAUGGUUCAUUCAAUGAGUCUCAAGAACUUGAAUAUCCAUGCCAAAUGAGGUGUGGAGAUCAUCAAUUCGUCCAUGAUUGCAAGGGAUUAAUACUCUUUACGACUGUCAACGAAGUUGGGCCGGAUGACAAUCGUUUCGAGCCCCUAACUCUAUGGAACCCUGCAAUUAGAAUGUCUAUGACUCUUCCUCGACCUCGCAUUAAUGAUGUUCCGGAACCCAAAUACUGUAUUCACGGGUUCGGCUUUGAUCAAACAAGUAAUGAUUACAAGGUGCUGAGAAUGUUUUAUCAUAAUUACGCCUCGUCUCGACCAACUCAGGCGGAACUUUAUAGACUUCGCACAGGCGCUUGGGAGACUUUGAUGGUUGCUGAGGAUUCUUUUCAGUAUUAUUUUUCUACAAAAAUGCAAGCUUUCGUGAAUGGGGCAAGUCAUUGGGUCGUAUGGCCUAUGGCACCCGGCUCUCGAAAACGAGCGGUUUUGUUGUUUGAUAUGUUUGAUGAGGAAUUCCGAGUGAUGAAGCUUCCGGAUCAUCUUAGCUUAGGCUGGGGUAGGUCUAUUGGUCUUGGUGUUUCUGGUGGAUUACUUUCUUUAAUGGAGAAUAACAACCCAUACGGUAGUGUUAAUUUGAGCUACAGCAUUUGGUUGAUGAAGGAAUAUGGCGUGGUAGAGUCGUGGACUAAACAAUUUACAAUUGAUUUAGAGGGUUGGAGCUAUGGGCGCAUCUUCCUUUUUAGGAACAAUGAAAAGGUUUUAGCUUGGAAUCGAAAAAAUGAAAGAGAGUCGGAAGAGUCGGUCUUAUAUGAUCCCAAGACACAUAGAUUCAUUAAAGUAGGAGGAAUUAAAGGCAAGGGUUAUCUUCUUGGCAAAAAUACUUUCGUUGAAAGUCUUGUUUUACUUGAUAAAUUAAAUCAUAUACAAACGUAA